AUGACGGACCACAGGCCCCACGGCCCACCCGGAAGCGGCGCGACGAACGGCAUGCCUGCCCGGACCUACUAUGAUUCGGGCAAUGGCAACGGCAACGCUCGAGGCGACGGUGAGCCGCCCCGCAAAAAGAUCAAGGACGAGCUCCCGAGCGUGCUCGUGCGCGAGAAGAAACAGAAGGCGUGCGCCAACUGCCGUCGUGCCAAGUUGAAGUGUAUCGUAAACGACGACUUUACCGAGUGUGUCCGCUGCCUCUCGCGCAAGGAGCGCUGCGUCUUCUAUCCGCGCGGCCACGACGAGGAUUACCAGCAAACCAUCGCCAACGACAUCAGCGCCAUUGCUGUGCAGACGCAGCACCUCACGCGAGCCAUGUAUCACAUAAUGCACCACAUGAUGGCGCAGAACGCCAUGCCGGCCCUCGACCCGCCGCUGCCCAUGUACGAGGCGCCUGAGCGCGAGACCUCGCUCCAGGGAUGGAGCGCCGAGCGUAACCGCGAGCUCGGCAAGAAGCGCAAGAGCUCGUCCCCCCGGGACGAUUCGUUCUCGCAGUUCGCCGGAGCUGGGCCCAACUUCAUGCGCCCGGCUGACAUGCACGUCGGCAUGGGGAUGACCGAGUCGAACCACCAGCAGAGCGGUGCCAUCCAGAACGGGCCUCUUCCCCAAGGUCCCGCGGCCCUCCAGCAGAACGGAGCCAUGUCUGUGCUCGGCGGCCUCGUGUCGUUCGACAACCAACGCACGCCCAACGAUCCGUCGAUUUCGCCCAUCGACACGGCCAGUUUUGGGCCCACAUCGCAGGGAAGUGUGCCUCCUCAAGUUUUAGGCACGUCUUCGCUGGCCGGCGGCGCGUUCGGCCUCCUCAGCGCACCCCGCCCUAGCGUGUCCCCUGAGGCCUCGAUGGCCAGUCUUCCCGUGGACCACGACCAGUUCGGCGCGUCCGAUCCGAGGCCCAACAUUGUGAAGCGCGGCGUCAUCAGCAACGAUGAUGCGACCAUCCUCGUGGACUUCUUCCACUCCAAGCUCGUGCGCUGGCUUUUCGGAUAUCGCCUCGAGUUUGACAAGUUCCCUUACAUUCCCAAUGGACCUUGCGUCAUGACGCCAUUCAUCCUGAGUGUGUUGUGCUUCAUCAGCUCGGAGCGUAUUCCCGCUAUGCACGGGCUGCAGCACACCCUCGGCAACGAAGUGAACCAGCUGCUCCUGAACUCGCCUGCCGACAGCUUCCUCAGCACACUCGACAGCCCGUUCUCGAGCAACGCCGCCCACCUCAACGCCAUCGGCGUCGGUUCGGGUAGCAGGGACGAUGGCGACGGCGAGGACGAACUCGAUCCCGAGCUUGGUAUUGGCCCCGAGGAGAUUGUCGGUGCAUGUAUGCUCGCGAUGUUCACGGUCGAUCGGGACAUUGCGAGCGCGAUCGCCGCGAGCGCGUUCAGCUGGGCGCGCGGCUGGAUUAAGUGGAACAGUCUCACCAUCCCGCUUCCCCCAACCUUAGGCGAGGUGUGCGGCCUCCUUCCCAUCAAGCGCGACGCGACGCAGGAGGACAUGGCGCGCAUCUGGUUGCUGUGCUAUAUCGUCGACGGCACUGAGGCCUUGCAGCGCGACAGCGCGAUCCUGAUCCGCCGCGACCCCAGCCCCUACUGCCACCUGCUACUUCCUGACACGGUGCUGCACGGAAAGCAGCGUCGGCCCAACGACGUACUCCUCGCGUUCCACGCGCGCCUCAUCUCCCUCCUGCGCGAAUGGUACUGCAGGCGCGCAAAUGUCGACGCGACCGUCGACGGCAUGGUCAAGCUCGCGAACAGCACCAAUGCCAACCUUGACUGGUGGCGCACCGAGCUCGACUCGUACAAGCUCGACGGGAUGUGGAUGCGCCACAUCAACCUGUUCUGGGAGUUUGCGCGCAUGCUUGUGAAUCGCACCACAGCCAAGAGCAUCGGCAACAAGCCUGAGGCGAUUCCGUCAUGGACGAUCGGCACGCAGGCUGCUGUCGGGUUCCUCGAGAAGUGCUCGCAGUGGCCGCAGCCCGACGAGCUGUCGUUCAUCCCGCCCGCGUACCUGAACAUGAUGUCUCUCGCCGGCACGGUCGUUUUUGAGUCGAUCAAGGAGCAACAGCGCCAAGGAGACAUGAGUGCGGUCCGGCCAGCGGAGGUCAUGCCGCUCCUCAACACGGUCGCGGACAUGCUCGAGAAGGGCGGUGUGCCGGACACCCACCCUGCGCGCCACCACGCGCGGCAGCUGCGCGAGUGCGCUGCGACGCGUAGCUCGCAGUGA